AUGAGGGCGCCAUCGCGCUCUUCGGAUGCGCACUCGCUGUUUGGCAUGGCGAGUGCUGCGCUCGCCGAGGCAAUCUCCGAUGCGUCGCGGAGCCCGGCCUCGCUGCUCGGCGUGGGCUCUCUCGCCCUCGUGCCGUCUCCGCUCUCGGCGCGGCUGUUCAAGGCGGUCGCUGCGGAGCUCUCGCAGGCCGCUCCGCAGCCCGUGCUCCCGUCGCCGCCGCUGCCGCUCCUGCGCCUCUGGUACGGGAGCCGCCACGUUGAGCGCUUGGCCGUCUCCGCCGCCGAUGACGACUGGGCCGUCGAGGUCGGCGGCUGCUCUGCUCUGCCCUCCCUCUCGUCCCUGGACCUGCCCGGAGCCCGCCUCACCGCACACGGCGCCGCCCACCUCGCUGCCGGCCUCCGUGCCCUCACGCACCUCCGGAUCGCCGACUGCCACGGUCUCGGCGCCGCGGGGUUCGGCGUGCUGUGCGGAGGAUGUCUGCAGCUCGUCUCGCUGCAGCUUCCAAACUGCAAGAUAGCGCUCGACGCGGCAGCAGUGCGCACCAUGGUCGACCGGCUCGCCGGGCUGACUGCGCUCGACCUUGGCGGCAACCUGCUGGCGAGCGCGGCGGUGCCGCCGCUCUGCUCGGCGCCGCUGCGGCUGCUGCGGGUGUGGGGCAGCGCCACCGCCCUCGGGCUGCAGUGCGUCUCGCUCGGCCUCGCGUCCCGCCUCGCCGACCUCUCUCUCGCGCACGCCGCCCUCCUCCCCGGCGACUUGGCCCGCUGCACCUCGCUCGCGAGCAGCGAAAGCCUCACCUCGCUCACGCUGAGCGGCACCUCCCUCUCCGCCGCCGACCUCGCCGCCGCCGCCUCGCCGCCCGGCCUCACGUCGCUCGACCUCUCGUGCUGCUGCGUCGAGGCGGCUGCCGCCUUGCGCGUGGCCCUCUGCGCCGCCAGGCGGCUCGAGCGGCUCCUGCUCGACCGGCUCGAGUGCGCCUGCCGGCCGCCGCAACACCGCCCUCCUGGCGGCGCGCCGCCGGUCGCGCAGUCGCCCGCGCCGCUGCGCGAGCUGCGCCUGUCAGGCUGCCCUUCGCUGGGCCCGCCCUUGUGGCCGUCCGCGCCCCUCUCCCUCGAGGUGCUCGACCUGAGCGGUGGGGAGACGCCGUUCUCGCACCUCCUCCCCCCCGGGCCGCCCGCUUCGCCGCCCGUCCGCCUCCCGGCGCUCCGUCUGCUGCUGCUCGCUGAUUGUCGCCUCACCGACGCCGACGCCCGCCCGAUCAGCCACCUCUGCCCUCGCCUCGAGGCCCUCGACCUGAGCGGCAACCCGCUCCUCUCCGACGCCGCCGUGCUGCCUCUCGCCGCCCUUCGCCGCACGCUCCGUUCGCUCGCCCUCAAGCGGCUGCCCCUCGUCACGGCGCACGCCCUCGCCGCGCUGCGCGCCCUGCCGCUGCAGACGCUCGACCUGCGCGGCUCUAGCGUGCCGCCCGACGAGGCGGAGGCGUCUCUCGGCAUCGCCCGGCGCGCGGCCGAGCGCGCGGCCGAGCGGGCCCGGCGCGCCGCGGCGGCGACGGCACGUUUGCGCGCCGUGCAGACCGAGGCCGAGCGGAGCGCGAGGGCGGCACACCGCGCACGCGGCAAGGUCCGCUACUCGGUCGAGGCGCUGCUCGCGUUGCGCCAGUCGCCGCUCGCGCGUGCGCCGGGCAGGCCGACGGCCAGCGUCGUCGACGGCGGCGGCGGCGGCGGGGCGGCGGCGGCGCUGCUGCUACGCAGGGCUCCCUUUGGCAGCGCGGCGUGCGGCGCUCCCUGGGAGGAUCGCGCCGAGGUGCUCUGGGAGCAGGGGACGGGAGGCUGGGAGGAGCCCGAGCGAGGAGGCGCACUUGAGGAGGGCUUGGCGGGCGCCAAUGGCGGCGGAGAGGAGCGUGAGGAAAGCGAUUGUUGA